AAUUCAGACGCGGCGUCACGUGCCCUGAGCGGCGCACAGCGGUGACGUGACGGCGAGGCGGUGGAAGAUGUCUGAGGCUUCCGGUCGCGCGGCGGGAAACGAAAUGCCGGCCAAGAAGCAGAAGCUGAGCAGCGAUGAGAACAGUAAUCCGGAGCUGUCCGGGGAUGAGAACGAUGACGCUGUCAGCAUAGAAAGCGGCACUAACACAGAACGAGCAGACACCCCCACAAAUACAGCCAAUGUCCCAGGGAGGAAGGGUUGGGGCAAAGGAAAAUGGAAGUCCAAGAAGUGUAAAUACUCAUUCAAAUGCGUGAACAGCCUGAAGGAGGAUCACAGCCAGCCUCUUUUUGGCGUUCAGUUCAACUGGCACAGUAAGGAAGGAGAUCCGCUUGUGUUUGCUACAGUUGGCAGUAACAGGGUCACAUUAUAUGAAUGUCAUUCACAAGGAGAAAUCCGAUUACUGCAGUCUUAUGUAGACGCUGAUGCAGAUGAAAACUUCUAUACCUGUGCAUGGACGUAUGACAGCAACACCAGUCACCCGCUCCUCGCAGUGGCUGGGUCCAGGGGCAUCAUUCGUAUAAUCAAUCCCAUCACUAUGCAGUGUAUCAAGCACUAUGUAGGCCACGGCAAUGCGAUCAAUGAAUUAAAGUUUCACCCAAGAGACCCAAAUCUUCUGUUAUCUGUAAGCAAAGAUCACGCACUGAGACUGUGGAAUAUUCAGACAGACACUCUGGUUGCAAUGUUCGGAGGUGUUGAAGGUCACAGAGAUGAAGUGUUAAGUGCAGAUUAUGAUCUGCUAGGAGAGAAGAUUAUGUCAUGCGGCAUGGACCAUUCACUCAAACUGUGGCGACUAAACUCCAAAAGAAUGCAGACUGCUAUCAAAGAUUCCUAUGAAUACAAUCCUAACAAAACAAACAGGCCGUUUAUUUCACAAAAGAUCCAUUUCCCUGACUUCUCCACAAGAGAUAUUCACAGAAAUUACGUGGAUUGUGUCAGGUGGCUUGGAGACUUAAUACUGUCGAAGUCAUGUGAAAAUGCCAUUGUUUGCUGGAAACCAGGAAAAAUGGAAGACGACAUUGAUAAGAUCAAGCCCAAUGAGUCCAAUGUCACGAUCCUAGGGAGGUUUGAGUACAGCCAGUGUGAUAUCUGGUAUAUGAGAUUUUCUAUGGACUUCUGGCAAAAGAUGCUUGCACUUGGAAACCAGGUGGGAAAGUUGUAUGUCUGGGAUCUGGAAGUAGAAGACCCACACAAAGCCAAGUGUACAACCCUCACACAUCCCAAAUGCAUUUCUGCAAUCCGACAAACCAGCUUCAGCCGGGAUAGCAGUACUCUCAUAGCGGUCUGUGACGAUGCCACCAUUUGGCGCUGGGAUAGGCUGCGGUGAAUCCUCUUCUUGUGAAGAGAACUCCAUGUUCGGUGUAAUGUACUAUUCGCAUUCUGCGACUCGCGUUAUGUAGUAGGCCUGUCGGCCGUAGCCAAGUUUAGUGAUCUGGUUCCUUCUCUGUACUGUUCCCUCGCUACAAUUUCAGCUGCUUUUAAUAAAAAUUUAUUUUUGUACAGCUUUCUGUAACGUCUGUUUUCAUGGACUUCGAUGUAUUUACUGUCUAAUGUAUAUGCCGUUUGUAUGAUUGUGUAAUAUGGGCAUGUUGGAAGCCAGAACGAGUAUGUUCUAUGUAUGUAAAUAUCUUGUUUGUGGGCGUUUUUAAAAGAAGUUAAUUUAAGAUAUCGUAUUGUGGCAGGUAUAUGAUAUGAAUCGGUGACUUAAA